CACCCCAACAGUGCGCAUUUCACAAGCAAAAAUAUUAUUUCAUGAGCCUCGAUUUGCAGUUCAUGCUUCAUGACAGUACUGUAAAGCGUCUCUGAUUUACGUCGAUGCGUAAAAAUGGGAAUAAUCACCGAUUAGAACACGAAGAGAGAAAAAGUAGACCAUUUUAGCGAGAAAUGCAACCCAAACAAUAGUGGUGAUGGCCAGACGUGGGUCCCGCUGUAAGGUGGGGAAAAAUCGAUAAUUCUAUGGUUACUCCAAGACCCGAAACAUGCAGCUUGCACAGUGAUCGUUGCAAGCACUCCCUCUAUCCGCUAGUGAGGGCCAUAGUGCUCCUGCGUUGGGAGAAUGACCACAAGUCAGUAAGUGAGGAGGCGCGAUCACCAACGGGAAAUGACAAUUGACUACCCGCAUCCCCACCGCUGCCUUCUCCUAGUGUGAGCGCCCCUCUCCCUGCCCUGACGCCCCUGCCAAAGAUGGACAGCAACGACGCAGCACAGUCACCAGAAUCCCUGGUUCCUACUGAAUCCAAAGAUGAAUCCUCACUCGGCACCAAAGAAGAUGUAGCCCGCUUGGCCGAUCGGCUCUCCCUGCACAGUAUCCCAAGCAUCGACCGCAGCGAUGGCUCAGCCAGCCCUGAUGUCGCAGCUAGUGUCCCCAACCUGGCACACACUCCCCCAAACUCCCCCAAGACACCCAUUCUCUCUCAUACCCCUCCCCCAGAGCCUCCUCCCAACCAGUCUCCACGCCCACCCUCCACCUCCUCCGCCAAGCCCUCCAUAGAUGCUAUGGGCUCCAGCCAGAGUCAGAGCCAGAGUGACCCUCCGUCCCCCAGCCUCUCCAGUCACCACUCAGACCCUGAAGACUCCCGAGGCUCUGAUGACCCUCCCCCACCGGCCCCUGCUCCCCCAAGCAACGACUCGGUGCUCCAUGGUGCAUACGGCAGCAGUCCCCCCUCAUUGUCUGGCCUCUACAGUGGCACUGGAGGCCUCUACAGCAGCAGUCACCCCUCAUCGGGUAUCUACAGUGGCUCAGCUUCAUUGGGCAGCAUAUACGGCAGUGCUGGGCCGCCGCCAGUUCCGCCACCCCCCCUGGAGGAGAGUGGGGCUGUAGGAGGCUUCCACCACCGCCGGGAACAUUCUCUUAACUCCAUCCACUCCAUCCAUUCUGUGAACUCCUUUAAAGAGUUCUAUGACAAAUCAACCCUUAACCAGUUCAUCUCCACUUCUCCCAAGCUCUCCAACAGAGAGAUGGAGAUGAAUCGCAUGUCUGGCCUGUAUGGAAGCCUCACCAACACCUCGGAGUACAGUGGCCUCACCGAGAUGUUCACAGACCCCGUCGAGGAGGAGGUAAGUACCAUGACUCUGUCUUACCUUAUGUCUAUCAGGGCUGUAUUUUUUUUUCAGAAGAGGAAACAGCUUAAGGGCAAAAAAAAGGAAACAAUAAUGAAAAAAAGCCCGUUACUCACUGCUCCUAUAAAAGGGGUUCUGAGGAAUGGCUGAAAGAUAGGUCAAUUUCGGGAGGAGAGGUGUCCUGAUACCCUCCUCUUGAAAGAGUUCAAGUCGUAGGCAGGAGGAGAUACAGAUGGAGGAAAAUUGUUCCAGAGUUUACCUGCGUGAGG